GGACACGAGACUUCCUCUCGCAGCGCGCGCUAUAGUCACCGCUGUUAUUGGUCCUGAUGCCGUCGGUCCUGAUGCUGUCAGUUCUGCUACGUUAAGCUGCAAGACGAAGAGCUGCGACUAAAAGCAACAACAACAAUAAUAAUAAUAACACUAGCAGCAGCAGCAGCACAAGAUCAAGACGAGCAUCAGCUAAAACGAAGACAGAAGGCCAGCACAACGUUCGCAGAACCAACAACAGCAAUAGCCCUAGCAGAAGCAGGAACGGAAGAGAACGAAAGUGCGCGGAUGAGCUGGAGAAAAAAAUCAACGAAGACGAACACAACCACGAGUCGAACGUACAAAGACCACAGUUAAGAAGGCGAAAAAAAAUACAAUCACUCAGCUGCUCAGCCAGCCAUCGCCGUAACCGUGGUCGUCGUUUUCGUCCCCUUGUCACUGCGCGUAGCCAUCAACAACCAUCGAGCAGCAGAAAAAAGAACGCAGCGCCAGGAUGGCGACCCGGUGACUGGUGAGCCCGAUCGCGAGGAGCCACUGAGCGCAAAGAUGGCGGAACAGAGCCAAUGCCCGAGAAAGUCCGUGUACAUAGAUACGUGUAGAUAUGCGUACAUCUGUGUAUUAUCGCAAUGGCGAUAAGUUGACGACUACACUAAGCAGAGCGACUAUACGGGUACACCUAUUGCCCCUCAACUAAAGAUGUGCAUGGCUAAAUGCCUGUAGGAGGAAAGAUUGCCAGUGUUAUAUAGGAGAUUUAAAUACGAAGAAAGGCAACCUCGAGAGUACAAGACAUCAGCAUGAACAGAAAUGAUAAAAUCGAAUAAGUGUCCUGUACAUCUCUAAUUCCGGAUGCAUUGACCGCAAAUAUUUCUACUAUAGAAACUUACGCUGAACGUUCUCGAGGAGUAAUUCUCAAGGAUCGAUGCGGCGUUAUUCGACAUCCAGACAUGACGAUGUUAUACGGCGUUGACCGAUUCAUCGUUACUGCAACGCACCACACGGAUAGAGUGGUCUUUUUCAUUUAUGAGCAAGAGGAUGAUGCCAGUUUUAAGACCGACGCCCCGCUACCCCCCUAUCCAAAAUAUCCAAUAAUCUCCGAAAAAAACACCGCUGAGAUUCAUUUUCGUGAGGACAGCAGAGCCCGAAUAUCACUUUUCUACCGCAUUUUGAACAUUGGCGACUUCGGAAACGCUGAAAGUCUUCGGAGGCUGCUCUGUAGAGGGAGGGAAGGCCGGUGCCAGCCGCGUUCAAGACAGCGUUCUACAGACAUACAUUAUCUUCUGCUCACGUUUCCAACGGAUUUUAUGGGUGAGCACGACAACACGGUCCUACACUACAUCAGGCUUAAACAUGACAGUCAAACUUUGGCGAUUUUGGACAUUGAUCCGAAACGGAUUCGUAUCGGUGAUGGAGACGAACUACAUAUCAGUCGCUGCACCCAUAAUAGCAGUGGCUACUUCCAGGACGAGGAGAUAUUCUCCAUCAUUUCAACGAAUGACGAGGAGAAACGGCCUAAGGAACAGCGUACUAUAAGGUUUUACGGCGAUGAGAUGUGGGACCUCUGUGUGAGAUUCAUUGGACGUAUCAACAGGUUCUCUAAAUCGGAAUGGAUCCUUCCCACUCAACUUGUAAGACUCGAUGUUUGUGACGGAACAUCGGAUACAAUAAUUGUUCCAAGGAGACCAGACCCACGAGCGUAUCUCUUGCAGUGGCAUGAGAACAAGGAGAUCGUCAGCACAACGUCUAAAUUUUACUGCCGCAUUGACGUAAUGAAUAUAUCAUCGUCCGAAGGAGACUGGUUCCAGCUGGGCACAUCAAACGACCUGAAUACGAAGAGCAAUACCAUUUCACUCUCUGGCACGAUGGGACCGGAAAAUCAACAAACUAUAUGGCUGAAAGGUACUACUAUGACGAUACUGGUGACGCAACGUUUGAAAUGGAACAGUCAGGCGUUUACGCCAAACGCGUCCGAGGAAACUGAUUACUGUAGUAUUACCUCUCAGCUUGAAACACAAGAGCAAGCCGUCAACAUUACAUGCACUCAAAAAGGCGAAAAAGUACACAUUGAACCUGCUAAGGAGUUUUGGAAAGAAGCUGCGGUUUUCUGCGUCACCGUCGAUUACGCGUACCUGCACGAUGAGUGUGUAGCUGGCGAACAAUACAAUAGAAACAGUCUGCAGCCCGUCGAAAGGUGGACAGAUGUAAAAAGGUGUUUGCAGGACGUGUUCUUCAUCAGGGCGAGCAAUAAAUCCAGUAUUGCAAGACUAGAAAGCCCACUACAGGUGAGAUUUCCUGACGACAACCCCGUGGUCUUUUACAAUGACGAUGUGAUCAAGGUCCGCUUACUGAUUGCCGUGAUCGAUCAUCCUUCACGUGUAGACGGAACUGCGCUCGUGAACAAAAGCUUCAUUGUUGACAUUCUAGAACAACUCAACGAUGAAGACUUUCGCUCCGUUUGCAACAUUCGCAACGUCUCCAAGUUACCGUUCAAGCUGACGGACUGUUCUAAUGACAUACCUCUUCUACGCAACCUUCUGUUUUACGUACUAAUGAUAAUGUCGUUUUCGAUAUUAUUUCUCGUCGUUUGGAAAUACCAAGUCAACAGUGACCUGAAGCGGAGGAAACGGAAACCGUCCGAAGUAGCACCGAAAAAUGUCAAUACAGGACAAUAUAUGAUUAAUAAAGGCUUCGUUUCAACCGAGAAUGUAAGAACAUCCGCUGAUGUCGCACCUCAAUCCGGCGGCACAACGUUGUUGGCUGUUCCGUCCUCACAAACGGGUACUUGUCGUCUACCACUUGAAGUUCCUGGCGGUUUAGGGACCGAAUCAAGGAAAAAUCACUUCAAAAUCGAAGCUGUUCGAAGCGUCGAAAACUAUAAGAAAACGUCGCCCGCUAGAUAGGCUUCAGAACACAUUCUUCCGUAUCGUCUGAUGCAGAACCCAGUGGGCCGUUUUUAAGCACUUCGCCUCAGAGGACGGUCCCGUUAUACUGCUUACUUAGAGUAGUAUCAACGAACGUCUUAAACUUAGCCUUCGAAUGCUUAUAUCCUAAAAAGGUAGAGCCUCCAAUAAAUAGCAGUAACUGGUGGCAGGUAGUAAAUGAGGUCUUUUGCUCAUUUCACACUUACCCUCGACUACUCUAUUGUGGAAAGAAGGUCAUUCAUUAAUAAGCAUUCGGUUUGCUUUUUAAACAGCGUAGCUAUACUGCGAAAAAAGAAGGUUUUGCCACGAUUCUGUAUCUCAGAUUGAUUCACCGUGGACUCCUCGGUAGAUGCUUUCCCACAAAAUGCUAGUGCCGAGAGAGACGCAACGGGGAAAACUCUAUCGAUUAUAC